AUGUCUGAUGAGAACACCGGCGCGUCGGCCACACAAACUCCACCACCUGCAACGCCGUCAGAUAAAGCCCCUCACACCAUGACUUCAACUGAGCCUCCUAAGAAGGAAUCGGCACUUGCGUCUGAGUCUGACCCUAAAGGGAACGACACGGCGAACUUGACUGCGCCUGCCCAGGAGAAGGCCGACGAAGGUAGCUUUGCACUCACCCACCUUUCACCUUUCCCCUCACGGCGAUUCGAAGUACCCAAGCUAACCACUAUUCCCUUCACAGCUGCUGCGAAGGAAACAGCCGAGAAACCAGCAGAAUCCCCCGACGUCGAGAUGAAGGACGCUUCCGAGCCAGCCCCAGCCACUGGAGAGGCUGAGAAGCCAGAGUCGGCGCAGCAUGAUGAGACCAAUCCUAGCCCAAUGGUUGACAACUCUGUCACUCCAUCUGAUAAGAGCAAGGGGCGACGCAAGUCUGCUGCCAGUUCAGAUACCAAGGGCAAGAAGCUUAACAGGAAGGCCUCCAAGGCCAAGAUCCUGCAUCUCGACGCCAAGCCUGGUGACCACUUCUUUGUGAAGCUGAAGGGCUUCCCCCAGUGGCCGGCAAUCAUUUGCGAUGAAGACAUGCUUCCUCAGGCACUCAUCAAGUCGCGCCCAGUCACUGCUGUCCGGGUCGAUGGCACAUAUCGAGAGGAUUACGCUGACGGUGGCAAGAGAGUGCACGAUCGGACUUACCCAGUCAUGUAUCUGCACACCAACGAGUUCGGAUGGGUGCCCAAUAGCGACCUCAAUGACCUUGAUCCCGAGACUGUCAUGGAGGUCAAGAUGGACAAGAUGCGCAAGGACCUCCAAGCUGCUCAUAAAUUGGCCUCGGAGAGCCACUCCCUAGAUUACUACAAAGACGUCCUUGACAAGUACCAGAAAGACCUUCUUCAACAGCAGAAAGCCAAGGAGCCAAAGGCUCAAGCCACUCCUGCCAAGAAGAGCAAGAAAGCUAAGGCCGAGGCUGGGGAAGAUGAAGACGUCGACAUGGCCGAUGAUGAUGCCGAGGAGGACGAGGGCAAGCAGAAGAAGAGCAAGAAGCGCAAGGCAGAGGGAAGUGCUGAGACCCCGCAGCGUUCGGACUCUGUGAAAAAGCCUAAAAUCAAGCUGACCCUGAACUCAACGCCAAAAACCGCCAACAGUCCAGGUUCAGCUCUCAAGUCAUCAAAGGCUCAAAGCCAGUCCAAGACUCCUAAGCCCAAAUCCAGGAAGAGUGUCAGCGAGGUUGAAGAGAAGAGCCCACAGGACGAAGACAUGGCUUCUAAGGAACCUGAAUUCUCCCCAGAGGAGCGGUACCAGCGCCGCAAGAAAGAGGCUCUCUUCCUCCGACACAAGCUCCAGAGGGGCCUCCUUACCCGCGAUCAGGAGCCCAAGGAGGACGAAAUGGGGGCCAUGUCGGAUUUCCUAUCCAAGUUGGAAUCCGUCCCAGAUCUUGAGGCCAGCAUCAUCCGGGAGACCAAGAUCAACAAGGUCCUCAAGGCUAUUCUGAAGCUGGACACCAUUCCAAAGGAGGAGGAGUUCCGGUUCAAGCCGCGCUCCCAAGCCCUGCUUGAGAAGUGGAACGAGAUCCUCGCAGUCGAUGAACCAGCCGCUUCUGCCCCUGCGACUGCGGGAGCAACAGAGCCUGCCAAGGCAGUCAACGGAACAGCUGCCAAGGCAUCCGAUGCCAAGGGAGAGCCCGAGGCCAAGGCCGAGACCAACGGCGUCAAAGAGCAGAGCGCAGCCAGCGCUGAGCCACCCAAGCCUGAAGAGUCGUCGGCAGAAGGGCCUGCCUUCGUCUUCAGUCCUCAUGAUGAGCCUGAUCAAGUCGCCCGCCCAUCGAAAAGGCGAAAGACGUCCAGGAAAGGGACAGGCAAACCGGACAUAGUACCAAGGAAAUCGGCCGCCUCCUUCGUACCUCUCUUUAAUGGAGUUGAGAGUACAGAGUGUGUUACCGUCCGAGAGCAGCUCUUUGAGAAGGCUUGGUCUAGCAUCGAGACCCGUAUUCACCAUGUGCUGCGCGAAGCGAACAGAAACACACUGGACGAGGUUGGCGCUUUCAUACGCGGUGCGCCAGACGAGAAUGAGAAGAUACCUUCCGCGUUCAUCAUUACUGGGCCAAAUCUUGCCUCACAGCAGCUCCUUUUUGAGCAACUAGCCGAGAGCCUUCGUGACUCGAGUCCAGCCAAGAUCGUCUGCCUUCGAUCCGCAGAGGCGCCCAAUCUCAAGACCACUUUGAAGAAGAUCAUCAGAGUGGCAACGUCGACGGUUGGUGGUGACGAAGAAGACCUCGAGGUUUCUGUCGGUCAAGAUGGGCGGAAGUAUUUAGGCUACGAUCUAGAGGCGCUACAUGCCUUCGUCAAGCCUUCCGAGUCCCGUCGGGUCAUUGUAGCUUUUCAAGACACCGAGGCUUUCGACGGUGCUCUCCUCUCAGACCUAAUUCUGCUUUUCAGAUCAUGGCGUGACCGAAUCCAGUUUACGCUCCUCUUCGGGAUCGCCACGUCUGUGCAGCUGUUCCAGGCCCGGCUGCUGAAGUCGACGGCGCAGCACCUCUACGGCGGCCAGUUCGAUGUGGUCCAGGCGAACUCGGUGUUGGAGAGCGUCUUCAAGGCCGCCAUUGCCGCCAAGGACGUCGCGCUGAGGCUGGGACCCGACCUACUCGGGACUCUCGUCGAGCGGCAGCGUGAACAGGUUGCCGGCAUUCAGGUCUUUGUCAGCUCGGUCAAGUAUGCGUAUAUGUGCCAUUUCUACGCGAACCCCCUGAGCGUGCUGCGUCACGACGAUGGCGACGACGACGAGCUUUCUCGGAAACGCCUACAGCCCGAGCACCUCGAGGCUGUCCGGAUGCUUCCCUCCUUCAGGGCUCAUGUCGAGGGGGCAGUCGAUGCGAGGCAAUUGAAUCAUGCGCUCUCGCUGCUGCAAGACGACACCUUCCUUAUCGGCGCAAUCCUCGAGCAAAGACAGAAGAGAAACGACUAUGCGACAAGGUUGCUACAGUCGUUGCAUCUGAUGCAGGCGAGCCGUAUUCCUAUUGGUACCUUCAUGGAUCUCUACAUAGCGGCUCUGUCCAAUGGCAUCGACCUAACUUCAGACGAUUCUUCCUUCCUCGACUCUAUCCGGCGGUUGCAGCCAGGCGAAGUUACGCCCCUCAUUCGGCGGCUUUCGGAUGCGGUCAGGAACGGAAGUUCCGAGCUUGGUCUUGCCGGGUGGGCAUCGGAGGGGGAUGGCGAAGAGCUUCUUGCGGGACUAACGGGCUUACUGGACGAGGUCGAGUCUUUAAGCAACAAGGCAAAAGAGAACGGGACGGCGCUUCGAAGCAAAUACGGUGCUCAGAACAAGGUGCUAAGGACCACAGUGGUAGCACAAAAGGUCCAGCUCAGUCAGGACACUGCUAAAUUGACGGCCGAAGACAAAGCAUUCACCGAGGCACUCGACCAACUAGUGGAGCUCCUGACAAGGGCGAUAUCAUGCGAGAGCAUCCAUAGCCAGUUCUUGAACGAGAUCUGGGUCUACGACGCUAAAUCACCCCACAGGGAUGUCUUCAUCCCCCGGCCGGGGACAACGAUCGAGCGCGCUUUGUCCCGCCCGAACGAUUACCUGGCAUGUUCCUGCUGCAGCAAAGCCAACGGAACAACGUCGGCGAGUCUGCCGGCCACAGCCAUCCUCUACCAUCUUUACCUGGAGGCCGGUUCUCUCAUCAACGUCUCCGACCUGUGGUCUGCUUUCUACAACCUCGUUGGGGAGGAGGGCGAGUCCGGCCUCGACGAGCGAGCUGCCCUGGUCCGGUUCUACCAGGCUCUGGCGGAGUUGAAGAGCAUGGGCUUUGUCAAGCAGAGCAGGAAAAAGGCGGACCACAUUGCCAAGUUGAAGUGGCUAUAG